AUGGUUUCCGCACUUGAUUUACAGGCACUCAACAUCUUCCUCAAUGGUCCCAUCACCCACGACAUGAUCCACAAGUUGGUUGUUGCUACAUUGCAGGUGAUUCCAUGCAAAGACACCAAGUCUCAAACAUACACAACUACAAAUAACACCGUGAAGCAAUUGCCAUCAUUAAUGACUUUUUUGACAAAAUUGAUCAAGUACACAAAUGUCUACACCGGUACCUUGAUGGCUACCCUCGUUUACUUGCAAAAAUUGAAAAACAAAUUGCCCCAAAAUGCUCAAGGCUUGCCUUGCACCAGACACAGAAUCUUGUUGAGCUGCUUGAUCUUGUCGAGCAAAUUCCACAAUGACUCGAGCCCCAAAAACAAACACUGGGCCAAAUACACCGAUGGCUUGUUCAACGUUAAAGAUAUCAACCUCAUGGAGAGACAAUUGAUUUACUUGUUGAACUGGGACAUCAGAGUCGAAAACGAAGAUAUGUGCCAAAUGUUGGGAUCAUUCUUGGAACCAAUCAAGUCACAAAUUAUCAAGACUGAAAAACUCAAGCUCUGGAAGAAACAACAAGAGCAACAACAACAACAACUCCAACACCAACAACUCCAACACCAAGCACAAAAACAAGCAUUUACAACUUACCAGUCCAUCCCAGUCUCACCAUCUUCAACAAGAUUAUCCCCAUCCACAUCUACUUCCACUGCAACGGCAGCCGCAGCUGCUGCUGCAUAUCCAUCCCCAUCCUCAUCUCGCAGCUCCUCCACCAGUCCAUAUCAACACUCAAAACAGUACCACUACCAACAACAACAGCAACAACAACAGCAACAGAGACCACAACCAUAUCCACAACAAAGCCAAUACCUCGACCCUUAUGCUCACUACAGACAAGACUCCCAUUCCUCAAUUUCUUCAGUCUCUACUUCAAACUCCUUGGAGUCAGCCUACAGUCAUAGAUCCUCAAUUUCCGCAUCCACUUCAUCGAAUUCAAUCUCAAUGUUGGUGAAUGAGAAGCCACAUUCAGCUGGUAUCCCUGCUGCUUCUGCGCAAUCAUCCAUUAUGCCCAAACAUCAAGUUGACACAGCACUGGUUGACCCAAUGAUUGAGUUUACUGCGAUCAAGGAGGAAAUUGAGUUGAACAACCUCUUGAAGAGGUUUAAUGGUUGCGGUAAUGCUGGCAUUGCUGCAACCACCAGAGCAUAA